AAAAUCGCUGAGUUUGUUGCUUUCAUUUGCCGCGGACGGAGCGUGUUCUCGUUGUGCUCCAGGUGUUACAAAGUUAUUUUUUUAAAAAUCGUUUCUUUUGGUGUUAUUUCCCUGAAUUUGUUUGUUAAUUAUCACUUCACAAGAUGUCGGACAAUCCAAGCUCGCCACCACCAAACACCCCCAGCGACAUUGACCGUCGCAACUUCCGGUCCGGGAUGACCUCUCCCGUGGGGGACUUUGAGCCGUUCGAGAACGAGGAGGAAAUCCUCGGCGACAUGACCAUCCGCGAGGACAAUUACGACGAGGAUGAGGAGGGUGAGGAACUGUUUGGUGACAACAUGGAGAAUGACUACCGGGCGAUGCCGGAACUGGACCAGUAUGACAUCGCCAAUCUGGACCAGGAAGAUUACAGCGACAUUUCGCAGACCGACCGGGCCGCGGCCGAAGCGGAAAUGCGACGUCGUGAUCGCGCCGCUGGAAUUCACCGUGACGAGCGGGAUCUGUUCUACGAGAAGAGCGACGACGAGGACGAUGUUCCGCGUGCGAAGCGACGUGCGGCGGAAAAGGCCGCGCAAGGGGGAGAGGUUGAAGAUGCGGAGAUGAUCGAGUCGAUCGAAAAUCUCGAAGACACCAAAGGGCAUAGCAUUAAGGAGUGGGUUUCGAUGCUGGGACCGCGCACGGAGAUUGCCAAUCGAUUCAACAGCUUUUUGAGAACGUUUGUCGAUGGCAAGGGCCAGUACGUUUAUCGGGACCGGAUCCGGAGGAUGUGCGAGCAGAACAAGUCCAGCUUUGUCGUUUCGUACACGGACUUGGCAAACAAUCAGCAUGUGCUGGCCUACUUCUUGCCGGAGGCACCGUUCCAGAUGCUUGAGAUUAUGGACAAGGUGGCGAAGGAGAUGGUGCUGAGCAUCUAUCCCACGUACGAACGUGUCACGAAUGAGGUGCACGUGCGCAUUUCCGACUUGCCGUUGGUGGAAGAGCUGCGAACCUUCCGUAAGCUUCAUCUGAAUCAGCUGGUCCGCACACUCGGUGUGGUAACGGCGACGACCGGAGUGUUGCCACAGUUGUCCGUCAUCAAGUACGACUGCGUCAAGUGCGGUUACGUCCUGGGUCCGUUCGUGCAGAGCCAGAACACCGAAGUCAAGCCCGGUUCAUGUCCGGAGUGUCAGAGCGGUGGACCGUUUUCGAUCAACAUGGAGCAGACUUUGUACAGGAACUACCAGAAAAUCACCCUGCAGGAAUCGCCGGGUCGAAUCCCAGCUGGACGAAUCCCGCGUAGCAAGGAUUGCAUUCUCCUGUCGGAUCUUUGCGAUCAGUGCAAGCCGGGAGAUGAAAUCGAAGUCACCGGAAUUUACACCAACAACUACGACGGGUCGCUCAACACCGAGCAAGGAUUCCCAGUCUUUGCGACCGUGCUGAUUGCCAACCAUAUGGUGGUCAAGGACAGCAAGCAAGUGGUCGCGUCCCUGACGGAUGAAGACAUUGCCACGAUUCAGAAGCUGAGCAAAGAUCCACGCAUCAGCGAGCGCAUCAUCCAAAGCAUGGCCCCGUCCAUCUUCGGUCACGAUUACAUCAAGCGCAGCUUGGCUCUGACACUGUUUGGCGGAGAAGCCAAAAACCACGGCGAAAAGCACAAGCUUCGUGGCGACAUCAACAUUCUGCUGUGCGGUGAUCCGGGCACGGCCAAGUCUCAGUUCCUCAAGUACUCGGAGAAGAUCGCCCCGCGUGCCGUUUUCACCACCGGUCAGGGCGCCUCCGCUGUCGGUCUUACGGCGUACGUUCGGCGCAACCCAGCGACCCGCGAAUGGACCUUGGAAGCAGGCGCACUGGUGCUUGCAGAUCAAGGCGUUUGUUUGAUUGAUGAGUUCGAUAAAAUGAACGACCAAGAUCGAACCUCAAUUCACGAAGCGAUGGAACAGCAGUCCAUUUCCAUCUCCAAGGCCGGUAUCAUCACUUCGCUGCAGGCUCGUUGCGCCGUCAUCGCCGCGGCCAAUCCCAUCGGUGGACGUUACGAUCCCAGCAUGACCUUCUCCGAGAACGUCAACCUGUCCGAGCCAAUUCUCUCUCGUUUCGACAUUCUGUGCGUCGUCAAGGACGAGUUCGACCCGAUGCAGGACCAACAUCUGGCGCGAUUCGUUGUCGGUUCGCACAUCAAGAACCACCCCACCAUGGAGGAAACCAUUCCGGAAUCUCAACCCACCGACAGCAUGCAGAUCCCGCAAGAUUUGCUCAAGAAGUACAUCGUCUACUCGAAGGAGAACGUUCACCCCAAACUGACCAACAUGGACCAGGACAAGAUCGCUAAAAUGUACUCGCAGCUGCGUCAAGAGUCCCUCUCGACCGGCUCCCUGCCCAUCACCGUGCGUCACAUCGAGAGCGUUAUCCGCAUGUCGGAAGCGCACGCCCGGAUGCAUCUGCGCGACACGGUCCAGGACGUGGACGUCAACAUGGCCAUCCGGAUGAUGCUGGAAAGCUUCAUCGAGGCGCAAAAGUUCAGCGUGAUGAAGAAGAUGCGAUCGACGUUCCAGAAGUACCUCUCCUUCCAGAAGGACCAUUCCGAGCUGCUGUUCUUCAUUCUGCGCCAGUUGACGCUCGACCAGUUGGCGUACCUGCGCUGCAAGGAAGGUCCCCGCGCCACCCACGUGGAGGUCAUGGAGAAGGAUCUGAUCGAGCGUGCCAAGGCGAUCGAUAUCCACAACAUGAAGCAGUUUUACGAGAGCGAACUGUUCAAGAAGAACGGCUUCUCGUACGAUGCCAAACGGAAGACGAUCCUGCAGAUUGUGCCGGAAGCGGCGGAGGCAUAAGGCGUCUUGAUCAGUAUUGCCCUAAGUUUGGUUUGUCUUUUCACCGUGUUGUACAACUUUUUUUUUUAUUAAAUAAGACUUUUCCAUAAAAUUA